AUGGCCUCGCUAAACUUGAAACCGGACAACAUGAUGAAUGGCAACGUGAACCACCACGCAACGAACCACUUGGACAGCUUCUCGCUGACGGCUGCUAACGAAGAAGCCAAGAAAAAGCAGGAUGAGGGCUUCAGCGUGGAGGACCAGAAACGUAGAGAUGACAUUCUAACUCGCAUGAACACCAUGAGGAAAGAGGGCAACCUCUGUGAUGCCAUCCUUGAUGUCAAAGGUCAAAGUUUAUCGGUUCACAGGGUCGUUUUGGCAUCUUCGUGCACAUUUUUCUAUGAGAUGUUUUCACUCUCUGAGUCUCGCAACAAGCGCGUCGACACGAAGGAACCAUUCGUUCUGGAGGGCAUGGAUUUUGAAAGUGUCGAAAGGAUUGUCAACUAUUUCUACACGUCAAAUGCUUUUAUCACUGACAUGAACAUGUCCACUACCAUUACAUUUUUUUGUCCUCUCGAUUUAAUUUUUGAAAAUUUAAUAACUCAUACUUGA